UAUUUAAAUUCUGGACGUUUCCAACACUGUUUGUCAACUCAACCUAACAAAUCAGCUGUGUGUUUGGCGUGUGGAAAAAGUUUGAUUGGGAACAAAUCGAACGUUUUUAAAAAAAAUCUAGCCAACAUGAAGGUUAUCUACAACACCCUGUUCAAGCGCACCUCCACCUACGCCGUGGCCAUCAUCGCGUCGGCCUUUUUCUUCGAGCGCGCUCUCGAUGUCACGUCGGUUGCGAUUUUCGAGGGCAUCAACAAAGGCAAACUCUGGAAGGACAUUAAGGGCAAAUACGAAUAAAUCAACAUGAUUCGUUGUAAUUAGCAAUAAUAAUCAACGUUUAUUUUAAACGAAACGAAAA